CCCGCAAAGACACUGUGGUACGACCGGCCGCGAUAUGUCUACCUGGAGUUCUGUGUGGAGGACAGCACGGAUGUCAAGGUGGUCAUUGAGGAGCAGCGGCUGGUGUUCAGCUGCAAAAAUGCAGACGGCGUGGAGUUCUACAACGAGAUCAACCUGUAUGCCAGAGUCAACUCCAAGGACUCACGGGAGAAGCGCUCUGACCGCUCUAUCACGUGCUUUAUGAGGAAGUGGAAGGAGAAAGUGGCCUGGCCCCGCAUCACCAAGGAGAACAUCAAGCCGGCUUGGCUCUCUGUGGACUUUGACAACUGGCGAGACUGGGAAGGGGAUGAGGAGGUGGAGAGGGCCAUGGUGGAGCAGUACGCAGAGCUCCUGGAAAAGGUGACGGAGAAAGACCCCCGACAGCACCUCAUCACUGCCAUCGCAGAACAGAUGUUUGGAUUCAAGACAACUUCAUGGGAGCUGGGCCGCCAGCGAAGUGUCAUUGAGCUGGACACCCCCUCCAUGACAGCAGAGCAAAUAGAGGCGCUGGAGAAGAGCGUGAAUGAGAAAAUCCGGGAGAGGGUACCCGUGGUGGUGAGGGAACUGGCUGCAGAUGACCCUGAAAUUGAAACAGUGAGAAGCCGUGGUUUGCCAGAUGACCACGCGGGGCCAGUGCGAGUUGUUGACAUCGAAGGCAUAGACUCCAACAUGUGCUGUGGGACUCACGUCUCCAACCUGAGUGACUUGCAGGUUAUUAAACUCCUUGGCACAGAAAAAGGGAAAAAGAACAAAACCAACUUGGUUUUCCUGGCAGGAAACAGAGUGCUGAAGUCAAUCGAACAAAGUCACAGCACUGAGAAGGCUCUAACCUCACUGCUCAAAAAUGGACCAGGUGAGCACAUAGAGGCUGUGAAGAGACUGCAGAGUUCGGUAAAACUGCUUCAGAAGAAUAACUUGAACCUGCUUAGAGACAUGGCUGUUUUGAUAGCCCGGGACUUCAAGAGCAAACCUGUUCAAAGUCAGCUGUUUGUGUUACACAGGAAAGAGGGUGACUCUGAAUUUAUGAAUAUCAUCGCUAAUGAGAUUGGGACAGAGGAGACGCUGCUGUUCCUGACUGUGGGAGAUGAAAAAGAAGCAGGACUCUUUCUUCUAGCGGGGCCUGCUGAAGCAGUCGAGAAUUUAGGUCCCAGGGUGGCGGAGCUGUUGGGAGGCAAAGGAGCUGGGAAGCGAGGCCGCUUUCAGGGCAAGGCAACCAAGAUGAGUCGGCGAGGAGAAGUGCAAGCUCUGCUCCAGGAAUUCAUCAGCCAUCGAAGCCCUGAAGCGUAAGAAACAAUUCUCAAAGUAGGCCUGUCUUCCCUGCUUCGCGUCAGCUCCGCCGACUUCUUUCCGGGGAAUAAAGACAUAAAACCA